UUGAAAUCGCCUCUUGCAGAAAUGUAAGAUAACGCCGCGUAUAAUAGAUCCUUACGGUCCGUCCGGCCCUUUCCCUGACCCUGAGCAUAUCGGGAACUUUAGUGCACCGGGCUGCCCUUUAUUUUUCUAUAUAACAAGAUUCUUACUUGAUCCAGAUCUACACAAGACAGACCAGUGAACUUGACCAAAAAACAUCAUCAAUGGCAUCUGAUCAACACAAAGAUAGCCACAACAAGAACAGUUUAGAACCUGUUGUUGUAUUUGUAGUGCCAUUUCCAGCACAAGGCCAUCUAAACCAGCUGCUACAAUUUUCAUGUCUGAUAUCUUCAUAUGGACUUCCAGUUCAUAUUGUUGGCUUCAAAACUCACAUCCAUCAAGCUAAAUCAAGAAACUUUCAAGAUUUGAAUAAAAUCCAUUUUCAUGAAUUCCCAACUCCACAUUUCGAUUCACCUCCUCCGAUAAUUCCAACUUCCAUCACGAAAUUCCCAACACAUCUCCAACCAUCUUUCGAAGCCUCUAAGAAACUACGCGAACCGUUCACCAAUCUCCUACAUGAAUUCUCCAACAAAGUUAGGAGACUUGUGGUUAUACAUGAUCCUCUUAUGUCUUCUGUUGUGCAAGAUUUUUCUACCAUUCCAAAUGCAGAAUCCUAUGCCUUCAACUGCAUCUCACCUUUCACUCAUUUCUUUACCUUUUGGGAUGCUAUUGGUAGACCUUUUCAAGUAGAGGGAAUGCCAAAAGUUAUACCAUCCAUGGAAGGGUGCUUGUCUUUUGAAAUUAUGAACUUUAUGGCUUAUCAGUAUGAGUUAAUGCACAACAGAACAGGUGAUCUAUUCAACUCAUGCAGAUUGAUUGAAGGAACUUACAUCGAUUUGCUAAACAAGAUAGAGAUGAAUGCAAACAAUAAGCAAUGGUCUAUUGGACCUAUACUACCAGACUUAACAACACUCCCAAGAGCUUCAACCAGCAGGCACGAAAGUUUGGAGUGGCUAGACAAACAAGGUCCAAAAUCUGUUCUUUAUAUCUCUUUUGGAUCGUCAACUACACUGACCGAUGAACAAAUUCAAGAAUUGGCCAUGGGGCUAGAAAACAGCAAGAAAAAGUUCUUGUGGGUGUUGAGAGAUGCAGAUAAAGGUAAUGUUUUCGACGGCGAAACAAGAAAGGCAAGAUUACCAGAAGGGUAUCAAGAAAGAACUGAAGGGAAAGGUAUUGUGGUGACAGAUUGGGCACCACAGUUAGAAAUUCUGGGACACAGUUCAGUUGGCGGAUUUAUGAGUCAUUGCGGAUGGAAUUCAUGCAUGGAAAGUAUUACAAUGGGAGUUCCUAUAUUAGCUUGGCCAAUGCAUUCUGAACAACCGUGGAAUGCUACAUUAAUAACUGAUAUUUUAGAAAUUGGCAUUCAAGUGACAGAACAAGCACACCAAAUGGAACUUGUUGAUUCAUCUACUAUUGAGAAAGCUGUGAACAGAUUAAUGGUGUCUAAAGAAGGGGAGGAGAUGAGAAGCAGGGCUGAAAAGUUGGGUAAACAAGUUUGGCAAUCAAGAGAUGAAGGAGGUGUUUCUCAACUAGAGCUCAAUUCUUUCAUUGCUCACCUUAGAAGAUAG